GCAUCUAUUUCAUCAACCGCCCUAUAACCCUAGUUUUAAAAGGCUUUCCAGCAGUUAAUUCUUACAAUACACAAUGACGACGGAAGAUCCAAAAGUACUAUAUCCCCUGCAUUACCAUGUUUGGAAUAAUGAUUAUAUGGCUUUGGAUGAGCUACUUCACCAGAAAAAGCAUGAUAUAGAAAAACUGGAUCCUCAUGGGAGAACCCCAUUAAUGUUAUGCAUUGUACUUGAUCAUUUGGAAUCGGCACGAGUUUUACUCCGCCAUGGUGCGAACGCUUGCGUCUCUACUAGUAAAUUCUGGACAGCUACACAGGAGGCCAUUGCAACAGGAGACCCUGAACUCGUUAAACUAAUCUUGGUUCAUAGAGAUGCUCAAAUUGUUCGUCAUCAGGCUGUUAUAGUUUCAGAUUUGCUACAGAAGCUCAGAGAAACCCCCGAUUUUUAUAUUGAAAUGAAAUGGGAGUUCACUAGUUGGCUACCACUUGUAUCGCGUAUGUGCCCAAGUGAUGUUUGUCGGAUAUGGAAAUGUGGAUCAAAUGUUAGAAUUGAUACGAAUCUACUGGGAUUUAAUGGCUCAGCAUCAUGGGUUCGUGGUCAUCUGAGCUAUAUGUUUAGAGCCGGAGAAUCUGGAGCAUAUAUGGAUGAAGUAAACCACACUGAUAGAACUAUUUAUCGGCAUAACGUAAAUUUACUUAGUCGGUCCGAUGGAAUGGAUAGCACACCAGGUGCUGGAAGUGGUGCCGGUGCUGCGGCUACUGCUGCCGCCCAACUCUUUGUACGUGAACCUUCGGAAAGUACUAUUGCAAACAAAUUAACUCAACCUAUUUUCGUUACAUAUUUGGAUACAGAUAAAAUAGAGUUUGAGAAAAGUAAAUCGGGAAUUUUAGGUUGGCGAUCUGAUCGUAAAGAAACUAUUAACAAUCAUCCUUGUCAAGUAUACUGUGCAUCGAAUGUACAAAUCAUCACAUUACGUCGUACAGAACAUUUAACUGAAGAAAAUCUACGUGAUCUUAAUCAACAGCAUAAUUCCAAUGAUAAUGAACAUGGUGGUGUUUGUGGUGUCAGUGGUGAUGACAUAGUAUUUCCAGGUGGUCGAGGCAAUUUACUAACAAAUCUCCUACAAACAGCUGCAUCUGAAACUAAAACCAAGACUGAUUUAGCUGUUACGCAUGAAGCAGCAAGCUACAAUCCAAAUCAUAUAACAGCACAACAAUAUUUUUCACCUAAUAUUGGUACACAAAUUCAUUUAGAUGAUAUUGGUCGACCGAAAGUGAUGACAACAAAAGUAAAGACAUUUAAAGCACGUUUAUGGAUAUGUCGUGAUUAUCCUUUAUCAUUGAAAGAUCAAAUUAUACCGAUUAUUGAUUUGAUGUCUGAAUAUAAUCCAUACUUUCAUAAAUUGAAAGAAUUUCUUACCAAACAAUUGCCUAGUGGAUUUCCACUGAAAGUUGAAAUUCCGCUUUAUCAUGUCUUAAAUGCAUGUGUCUCAUUUGGCAAUUUACAUGGUCAAGAUAAUAGUGUGUAUGGCGUUUCUACAGUACCUAUUGGUAGUAAGGACUCUGGUCUGCAUCAUCCAUCAGAUUCAACAGACCCACAUAAGAAAACGGAUAGUCCUACAACUAGUAAAUUAGCAUCUGAUAAUCAAACUGAUCAACCAUUACUUGAAUAUUCAACGGAAUCCAGUUCAUCAUUACAACCAGUUAAAUGUGUUAUUGAUGAAAGUGUAUUUGAUGUAGGCAAAGGAUAUCAUUUGAUAGUUGAAAAUUCACCUGGACACUAUGGAGCUUUGUAUGAUGAAGAACAAAUGGUUCAAAUGGCUGUUCAACGAAGUUUAGUAGAAUAUGGAUCAUCGGAAAAUUUGAUACAAAGAGAUUAUUCAUUGUCUAAACGAGGUAUAGUCGAGGCGAGAGCUGAUGAAUACGUUGAACCAGAAGAAGCUUGGAUGCAACAGUAAGCAUUUGAACUUAUUCAAUUCACUGUUUAUGGAGGUAGUAUUUAAUUUAAAGUUAGUUUACAUCAUAAAUUGACGAAUGACCACGGUUAGCCAUUCAAUGAGGCGUUUUCAGUUCCAAAACAAUAGCAAACUUGUUUACUCUAAUUCACAGCUUUGAUUAAUGAAUUUUUCCUUUUACUCUGUAUUUUUCGUCCUGAACUUUAAUUGAUCGAUUUUAUGGUAACGCCCAGAAAAAUUCACUAUAUAAAUAUAUGUAUAUCAUAAAUCCUGGAAUUUCAGACCAAUCCAACAAUGAUUUUGAACAAACAAAAAUAGUUUCCUUUUUUAGUGCUGUCUACUAGUGUUUGGUCACUUGUGUAACUUCCUAGUUACUGAAGCCUUGCUUUCUCUCCUCCAGACGAAUGCCAUUUGGUGGUGGUGGUGGUAUUAACGGACCAUCUUUGGCGCUGUGAGCGACUGUAGUCUGGCUGUUGAAUGUUCAGUAUACAACUCGAUGGUAGCUUUAAAACUCCAGGCUUGUGAAACGUGCCCUUCGUAAACUGAAAAUGCUCAUUGACUUUACGUUCUUUCAUUUUUGUCUCCGAUUGAUUACUCACUUGUUUCGUAAAUAAUGUCAAGUCCAACACAGCGGUAAUAGUUCAGUUGAUAUCGUAGCCUUGAAACUCUAGUUAAGGUAGGUAUCUUGGGAAUAAUUUACGGCAGAAGCUUCAUUAUUAUUUGGUGACUUUGAAUAUGAAUCGAAGAUGCGAAGAGUUAGUUAUAUUGUGAUAUGAUACCUUUUCAUGAAAAUAGUUAUAUGGGACUGACAGCUAUUGGUGUAUCACAACGUCCUGGUUCAAAUCCUAAGAACCAUGCGACUUAUAAGUUUGGGACGUCAUCAGAUAUGGCUCCGAAUGGAAGUCAGUAACUGUCUUGCUGUAGUUUUCUAAUAGAUUUUCCAUAAAGUUUAGAUGAGCCCUCUUAAUUAAAAAGAAUUUCUCUUGUCUUUUAAAUUAAAGUAUAAAUUUUAUUAAAUCCUAUCGUUACCUAUUUAUUCAUUUAUUGUAUAUUCCCUAUUAUAUUUCCUCAUAAUGUUAUCAUUCUGUCGUGUUUGUGUUCGAGUGCACCAAGAGUUUAUAAAUAAACAUGAAUAAUUAAUAAAGCUCUUGUAAUUGUAGGAAUAAAAUAAUUAUACAUCAGGGAUAUUCCAAUGAGCAGAAAUUAGAAUUUCUAACGUCUUGUGACUUAGUGCAAGGUACUUUUUCAGAAUAAAUAAGUAACUGAAUUAAAUUAACGAGAUUUUAAAUAGUAGUUGACAUAAAAAAGAGAUCUAGUUACCUGUUAGUCUUUGUAACGCAUUCUGAUAAAGCAUUAAACGGGUGAUCCAUAGAUGAUGACUUAAAAUUAAAGCAUGUUUACUUUUUACACUUGGCAUCAUCCCGUUGUGUAGUACUGUGUUUCUUGCGCUGUUAUCACUGGUAAUAUAGUUUGGAAUUAAAUGUAGAUAGGCUAGUCACGAUAUGACUUGGUCUCGAAUUCAUCUAUCUUGGUGUCGCUAACAUGUAAGUUGAAAUAAAUCAACCGAGGUUUCACAGGAUCCAGCUUUUUGCCAAAUAGAAAUACUGCAUGUAAGUAUCAUUUUUAAAAUACCCUUUAUCGAUUGUUCUUCUACAUUUGUGUGUGAUGAGGAAAUCACAAAACCAUAAACAAAAAUCAUACGUGAUGUUUAUUUUUACAAGUUAUCAUCUAUCUAAACAGUAUUUCAGAUUAUACAAUUGAACAUCCUUGACAUCUUCAAUUAAUUCUGGUUGUGUGAAGCCAUUGUUUUUAGUUGUGAAUACUCUUCCCAAAUUGAAUCUGAAAAAGUGUGUCUGCUCAAACAGACAAAUUAGCACUUUAACUUCAUUGGAUAUUUGAUUAUUACCUUUUCAAAUUAAUACAACUAAGUUUCCUGUUAUUCUAAAUAGCCUUGCAGUUAGAAGCACUUAAUUGUUUUCAAGAACACCAUGUAUUAGUAUUGUUAAUUCAAACAUUGAUUGUAUUUUAAACUGUAAUUUGUUGGUAUGAUUUGAUUCAAUUGAUGAUUCACAAAUUAUAUUGUAGAACUUUUUUAAACAUUCAUAGUUCCAAGUAAAAUCGUUUUACCUCCAUGAAUAAAUAGCCUUGGUAGUAAAUGACAUUUCGGAAUGAGAUUUUUCAUACAUUUAGAUAUGAUGAAUACGCAUAUUCUUAGUGGGAUUAUUUCAGUAUUUUGUUUCUUAUAGAGCAAUUGCAGCCAGUUUAAGUCUUGACGGUGCUGAGAUUCCUGUAACAAGUGCGGAUGCAGCCUAUAUGAAAGCUUUAGAAGAAUCUCGUAUUGAACAAGAACUUGAAGAAAAACGUCGCCGAGCUGAAGAUGAAGAAUUAGCACGUAUACUUGAAUUGUCAACCAAAGAAAAAUAACCAAUCGUCUUAUUCUGUUUUACAAGGUUUGAUAAGUCAUUACUUUGUUCGCAUACGGACAUAUAUAUACCUUUCGAAAACUUAUACGCAUAUACAUACUACUAAUAAUAAUAGUGGAAGUUCAACAUUGCUUCACCAUAUCACAUGUGAUAUAAAAACAAAAUUAAUCAAAAAUGUAUUGUAUGCUACCUACUCGAUCCCUGUAUAAAACUUAUCCGACUUGAUAGUCAAAAAAAUCGCUUUCAUACAUCUUCCCACUUCAUACAAAAAUGUUUAAAUAGUUGGUAGUCAUUUAGUAAUGAUUUUUAACCUUUAAUAUAUUCGUAUGGAAAAUAUAUAACUAAUAAGAACAUAGUGUAUGUCUUCCUGCUUUAAAGCUCCUACUAAUGAAGAUACAACAAUACCAAAUUAUAUUUCAAAUCUGUGCAUUAAUAUAUUAUUAUCUAUAGCCUUGCUUAAUACGCUUAUCCUAUUACCAUUAGUUAAUGCUGAUGUAAAACAAUUCUGUUUAGCAAAUAUAAUAUCUGUUUUUAAUGAAAGUCUACUGUAUAAAUACAAUUUCACUAUAUUAUCUGAAUACUCUGUGUAGUAAGCGUAAUUUCCCCUCCACCAUAGCCUUAACUCUCCCAACAAUAAUAGUUAAAACAAAUAAACGUUUCUCAGUUUUAUUUCUUACGCUUAACCUGAUUCGAUUAAUUUAAAUGAUAAUGAUAAUAAUCAUUCUAGUCAGUAAUAUAUGAAUAUUCUUAUCCGUUAUUUGUGCAUUAUUAUUUUAUCCUAUCAGUCAUGUAACUGCUUUUCACUGUCUAUUUUAAUUUCUCGUUAUUAUUUGGCUUCAUUUUUUUAGUAAUAUCCAUGUGAUUCGAUGAUUAUUAUUGGACAUCGAAUUUGUCUGUGUAUGGUGUUUAAUAUUAUUGUUAUUCUAUGAAAGGUUUAACAUUGCCUAUGUAACAUGUUCGAUCGAUUGCUAUAAUAUGGCCGAUUGAUGCUUUUAUGUUCAUUCGUUUAGUUGAAUUAUUAAUGUGGUGUUACACAGGAUUAUCAGCUUAGCUGUUGUCUUUGAAACAAAAUGAUUCUGCAACUUUACACUGAAAGUUUCAGACCUCUGGUUAUUGUGAUCGUAGAAAACUAUCUCAAUUACCCAAUGUCAACAGUCCGUCAGUGGUUUUAUAAUGAAGUCAUUGAAUUGUGAAGUUACCAUACUACAUUGGCCUUCUAAACACCGUAACAAUUAAUUCAACUAUCUUCUGUUAAAUUAAUAAUCAUAUGCUUACCUCAACGCUCUACUUUCAUGUUAACAUCGCUUCUGAAAUGAUAAGAUAAAUCAAUAGUUUGUCAAUUCAUAGAGUAUUUAUUUUUU